GUGGAGAUGGAACGAGCCCACAGACAAUCCAGAUCCAAGCUCCAAGCUCCACGCCUGUACAGUAUAGUAACCACCAGUCCACGGCUCGCUCCGACGACCCGUAGAGCAGAGCGCGGCACAGAGCCCACCAACCUACCUAAGCUACGCUGCUCCUGCGAGCGCAGACUCCCUCUCCUCUGCUAUAAUUAUCCACGUCUCGCGGAGCCCGGCCACCCCCAGAGCCCCGACGGUCGCAAAUCGCUCCACCAGAACCCACGCCACCGAGAGACUAGGCGGCGUCAUGGGCGUCUUACGGAGCACGCAGAGCAUGCAGGCGGAGGUGGAGGAGAUGCGCGCCGCGCUGUUCCACGGGGCCGGGGCCGGGGGCGCGGCCGGGUGGCGCCCCUCGGCCGGCGACAACGACGUCAAGCGCGCCACCGGCGGCGACGAAAGCGCGGCGGGCCCGCGCACCGUGUGCGUGACCGGCGGGAUAUCCUUCGUCGGCUUCGCCAUCGUCGACCGCCUCCUCCGCCACGGUUACACAGUGCGCCUCGCCCUCGAGACACAAGAGGACCUGGAUAAGCUGAGGGAGAUGGAGAUGUUCGGGGAGGACGGCCGGGACGGGGUGUGGACGGUGAUGGCGAACGUUAUGGAACCCGAGAGCCUGCACCGGGCGUUCGACGGCUGUGCCGGCGUCUUCCACACAUCGGCGUUCGUGGAUCCCGGGGGCAUGUCCGGCUACACGAAACAUAUGGCUAGCUUGGAAGCCCAAGCAGCGGAGCGGGUGAUCGAAGCAUGCGUGAGGACAGAAUCCGUGAGGAAGUGUGUCUUCACCUCGUCCUUGCUGGCCUGCGUGUGGAGGCAAAGCUACCCUCAUGAAAGACGGGGUCCUACUAUCGUGGACGAGAACUGCUGGAGCGACGAGAGCUUCUGCCGCAACAACAAGUUAUGGUUUGCACUCGGCAAGACAGCAGCAGAGAAGGCGGCCUGGAGGGCAGCCAGGGGGAGAGACCUGAAACUCGUCACCGUCUGCCCUGCGCUGGUCACGGGACCGGGGUUUCGGCGCCGCAACUCUACGGCAUCCAUCGCGUACCUCAAAGGAUCUGGCGUGAUGCUCGCGGAUGGCGUCCUCGCGACGGCGAACGUGGAGACGGUGGCCGAGGCGCACGUCCGGGCGUACGAGGCGAUGGGCGAUAACACGGCCGGCGGGAGGUACAUCUGCUACGACCAUGUGAUCCAGAGUGCCCAGGAGUUCGCCGAGCUGGAGCGGCAGCUGGGGAUCCCGAGCAGGACGGUGGCAACGCAGAGCGUCGGCGACGACCGUCCGGCGAGGUUCGAGCUCUGCAAAAGGAAGCUGGGGAGGCUCAUGUCUUCCAGGAGGAGGUGCACGUACGAUGACUAUUACUGCCCUGUUACGUUCGAAUAGGGUGCAAGUGCAAACACAACGCUGCUGGUGGAUUUGAAGUUUGUAUUGGGUUCGCACGGCAGGCGACAGUUCAAUCGAGCACCCAUUGCAGCAAGGAUGAAGGACGGAAGAGGAUCCCCUGAGUAACACAUGCUGCUUGAUGAGGUCAAAACCUGAAUGGAAGCGGGUGAAAAGAGUAGUAGUAGUAGUUGAUUGUUGAUUGUCCCUUUGGACAAAGAGGAGUAGAGACGUAGAAUGUGCGCGAGUGCGAUGAUGUAUAUAGUCAUAGUGUGAUCUUGUAGGUUAUUUCACGCAGAUUUUCUUUGUGCUGUCCGCUGUCCAGUGAUACCAACAUUACUGAAAAGCCAUUCUUGUCUGUUUGUCAAAUCAGAAGUACUGUUUGGAA